UCAAACGUGAUCCUCGAUGCUUCCUCGGGUCGGAUUGUUGUGCAUAAAGUUUUCUCAAAGCCGCUUUUUGAUUUGGUGUGUAAAGUGGGCCGCUUCACACACUUUACAUCAUGUGCUCAACUUGCAGUUCUUAACCUGUCGUUUUCCAGCCCACACACUGCGCACCGCUGCGUUUUUGUGCGCUAGUAGACGGUGGAUGAAGCCGUGCUGUUCGAUGCUUUAAACCAGAGGCAUCGGAGCGAAGUUGCAGAUCGGGGUGGGCUCCACUUCAAAACAGGGCGCAGACCACGACCGUGCUGCAGGAGGCCUCUGCAGCGCUCUGCUGCAAUGAUCCCAUUCGACACGGCAGAGAAGAAGGUUACAGCUGGGGCGUGGUUUCAUAUCUCACUGAAUCAUCUCCUGGCAAGUUCCAAUAAACACCACAAAGACGCGUUUGCCAACUAUUGUCGUCAGCAAGACUGAAAUGGACCCAAAAUGGAUUCAGAUUCUGGUGAUUCUGGUGUUUUAUCCAAAAAUGACUUCAGGAGCUGAAGGGACCAAAGAAAAAACAGUAAAGGAAGGAGAGUUGGUUGAAAUCGAGUGCAGACCUCCUGAGUCGACAAACAUGAUCAUCUGGUUUCGAGCGCUGGACAAUUCUGGCAUGGAAUAUAUUGCAUCUUUCACCUCAAAUGGCAUCGAAAAGUCAAAAAGCAGCAACUUUGAUCAGAUAUUCUCUCACGGAACCAUAUACAAAAAUACCCUAAAGCUGAAGGCCUUCCAAAAAAGUAGAGACAGCGGCGUUUACGGCUGUGCAACCCUUCACUUAGGGAAAGAGCUGAAAUUCGGAACGGCAACUCGACUGUUAGGACAAGAAACAAGGAAAGACACGCCAGUCGGGUCGCCGACCAAAGCGCCCAACAACCAAAUCGCAGCUGUGACGCCCUGCAACUGUAACGACAAGUACAAGAAAACAGCAGGAGCAGCCAUCCCUUCCCUGUACUGUUCUGUCGUCAUACUGGGCCCACUGGCUGGCGGCUGCGGCCUUCUCCUUCUGCUCCUCAUCAUCACCGCCGUGUACUGCAACCGAAUAAGGACACGGAGAUGCCCACACCAUUACAAAAGAAAGCCGCGGAUGGGGGCUCCAGAAAAACAAAUGAUGACCAACAGACACGUCUAAUCUAAAUGGUGAAAACUCAAAGGCAUUUGCAAUUAUUUUUCAGUCGUGUUAAUUUUGCAGAAAUAAUCAUUCACUCAAUUUGCCAAACAAUUUGCGGCCGACUUUAAACGCUUAUAUUCUGUGCGAUAGAUAAUAUAAAAAGUGCUUGAAGUGGUUCAAGUAUUUAACACAUCAAAUAAAAGCUUCUUAUUGCCGACAUCCACUUUAAACUGCACUGUGGUUUGAAAUAUACUCUUUAAUGAAGAUUUAAUCUCCACGAAUGCGGAACUUGAUCCUGAGAAUAUUCUGCACUGUGAUGAUUUAUGUUGCAUUUUCUAAUUGCAAUUUAUGCAGUGAUUGUAUAUAACUAUUUUGGAUUUUCUUUUCAUUUACAAUCUGUGCUUUUAAAAGCUCCUUUUAGCCAUUUAAAAAAAAAAAAAGCUCUUUUUGGCAUUGUCUCUGCUUAUUUCUUACAAAAAAGAAAUGUAAACAGCUGGAGUUAAUAAAAUUCUUUUCUGAUUAUGUAUCAGACUCUUGAACUGUUAACAAAAAAGUAAUUAAAAAUCUUUUGAAAUUACAAUCUCUCUUAAACCAACAUUUUUAUUUGACGCGUCAUGAUAGAAAUAACAAAUACUAUUUUCUAUUUUUUUAUUUUAAUUUCAAUGAAUGCAGAUUUUAGAAUUGUUCAACUUUGAGGGGGGUAAAAACAAAAAACACUCAGACCAGCAUUCCUUCAGGCUGCAUUGAACUGUAUUCGUCUUUAUUAGUUCAUACUUUUUUAUUUUUUUUCCACACAUCAAACCCAUUCAUUUGCAUUCCCAUCAGUCACUCAAGGUCUCGGCACAAAAGUAUAAUAUUUGAGCGAACGACGUUUAGUUUUAAGCCCCCCUUCUUGAGUCGAAAGGAAGUGGGCUGCUACAGCUGUAUGCAGAGUGAAAAACCACAAGUCAGGAGCAGAGAAGAAUACUUUCAGAGGAGAUUCAGUUCCCACUCACUUUAAUACACACAUACACGGUUCCCUCGCACCUUUAAGAAGACAGUGUUUGGCCUUUUUUUUUUUUUUUCCCUACCAUAUUUUUCCACAUAUUAAGGCACUUCAUGUUAGUUUCUCUCUUUAGGCACAUAUCAUAGAACCAGACGAGAUGGUUCUCAAUUUUAGAUU